AUGGUAUCUAUCGUAUUUGUCAGUACCGAUGCCGUUUGGUGCCAGUUUAUUCGCAGUCAUCUUCCGCCGCAACUUUUCUCGGUUUCUGUAAAAAAUGCCCCAAUAGAUAAGGUGUUGCAGCAAUGUAGUAUAAAUCGUCCUUCGGCCGUAGUGACGCCCGCUAACUCCUUGGGGUAUAUGGGGGGUGGUUUUGAUCGGCUGAUACUCGAAUGUAUUAACAACAAGAACUUGGAACAAAAGAUUCAAGAAUUGCUCGCCGAAUCGCACCGUGGAUACUUACCGAUUUCUAGUGCCAAAAUCGUGGAUUUGGCCCAUUUGGUGCUGGGUCCGCUGUUCGACUUUCUCAUAUCUGCACCAUCAAUGACAGUACCAGAACCAAUUGCUCCCAACCACGCAAAACAACUAAUCUUCGAUACUAUUUGGAACGUUUUAGUGGCUGCGAAAAAUGCACCUCGCACCAUCUCCACACUAAUUAUCCCUGCAUUUGGAACCAAUUGGGGCCAGGUCCACCCCCAUGUAUCUGCUGCAUCCACAUUGGCAGCUACAGCCAUAUUCCAUUGGCCCUUGAAUGACAUGGCGUCGAGACAAAGUGGGCUUUUAAGAAGCUCGCUCGCACUAAUGUACUUGGAAAAGGACAUUACCAAAUUUGGUAUUCCAGACCAUGUGAAGGAAUUAGGGGAAUCGUGCCAACUUUCCCAAGCUGUGCCGUUAAGAGAGUGGCUUUGCACGUUAUGA